CCCUGAUCACGUUUCACACGCGCACAAACACAGAUAUACACAUGCAUACGUACGCAUACACAGCUAGACCUUAAUCCGAAAAGGUACAGCUGCAGAAGAGGCAGGCAGGAAGAACCGAGGACGAAGAACAGGAGGAGGAAGAGACAAGAGGAGAGCUUGUAGAAAAAGAGUCCGGAGUCUCGGUUUGUGUUUGAGCGGUGACCACCAGCAGCAGUAUCAGCAUGCUCGUCUUCACUCAUUAAAUUAACACCAGACCUAAAACACUGAAACGUAAACAGGAUGGGUGGAAGGCGACGCCUGGACAGCCGAUGCUGACGGCAGCAUUAACGUGGGCGGUGAUUGGCGUAUGUGGGGCCGGUGUGGGCGUGUGGAUGGAUGACGGUAACGGGAGGACGGUCCUGGCCGAUAACCUGGGUUCGGAAGAGGCGGCAGAGCUCGCUAGAGAUAUCUUGGACGUGCUGGACCUUCCCGGACCACCGCCCACCACAGGUGGACACCACCACCGCAUGCGGGGCCACCACACCCACGGAUCUGCACCCACCUGGCUCAGGGGAGUUUACGACACCCUGGAUGAGCACGGUCAAGCUCAUUCCGCUAACAUGGAUGCCACCCAGGAGACAGUGACUGCAGCAGACACUAUCAUUACUUUCGUCAGCAGAGAUCCACCGGACCGCAGACCGCUACACGGGGCAAACAAGCGACUGUACUUCGAUGUUCGAGAUGUGCCCCUGGAUCACUCUCUGCUGGGAGCAGAAAUCCAGGUUCACCGCAGCGACCACUACGACGAACCAAUCAACCUACAUGUCUACAUGAUCAACGAUGAUCAAGGUUCAUUGUCUAUCUUCGCCAUCCUAACCAUAGCCUCUCAUAUUUCCUGCUUUACUCCACAUCGAUUUAGUUUGAUACUUUCUCACUCCCUCACCCUCUCUCAUUUAUACUCUCCCUCACUGUUCUUUGCUUCAACAGAACAUGAGCAUCGGUUCCACGAGGUGGGUGUGUCAGGAUCAAAGGAUCAAGAGGAUUACCGACCCUUCAUGGUUGGAUUCUUCGCUCUGCCGUCCUCCUCUUACAAGAAGAAGAGGAUCCGCACCACCAGGUCCGUCGCCUCUCCUCCGAGUAGCAGGCCCAGGAGCUACAGAGACAUCGCGGAUCGACCGUUGGUGACCGACACGUUGUGUCGCAUGAAGCAUCUGCACGUGUCCUUCAAGGACCUCGGCUGGGAGAACUGGGUCAUUGCUCCUGAGGGUUACGACGCCAACUACUGCGAGGGACACUGCCACUUUCCCCUGCAGGCGGAGCUCAACGCCACCAACCACGCCCUCGUGCAGACGCUGGUCAAGGUUGUGGACGGUGUUCCUGAGGACCAAGAACGACCGCCCAACGCCUGUUGCGCCCCCAUCGAUCUGGCCACCAUCCCAGUCUUGUAUUUCUACGAGAACAACAUUGUCUUGAAGAAGUACCCGAAGAUGAUUGUCAAGACGUGUGGUUGUCUCUAAGACGACCGUAUAAAUUUCCUUAACCCAUAUACUGUAUUCUCAUCGCGUUAUCACUAUAGACAAACGCUAUAGGUUUGACCCUAUGACUUCAAACAAGGAAGCAAAGCGUGUUUGAACCCAGCCAAGGCGAGGGGUGACUAAAAAAAAAAAAAAGUUAUCCAAUCAUCCAGUAGCAAUAUCUUCUAAACGACUUAAGGGAAAUGCAUAGAAAUUGACAUGAUGUUUCCUUAUUCGUUUUGAAGAUCUAUAUAACAUUUCAGCUUCUUAGCCCAUUUUCUUAGUGGUCUAAAAGACCAAGAUACUCAAAAAAAAUUGUAAUCAGUCAAUACUGUUCAAUAUUCUGGCCACCAUACAUA